GCGAGCGUGGCGCUAUUUGUGCGUCCCUCGGACAGCGAUGUACUGGAGCCACCCCCGCAGCGGCUGGAGACUCUGCGCCAACAAAAACAAACGCUACAUCAAGAAAAAGAAACCUUUCCUUAAGAGACCGGUCUAGUCGCCGGCAUCUGUGGAACACACACUGUUCGAAGAUCGAAGAAUCUACGGAGCGGCUGUAACUUUCCACGCGAGUGUCUCGCGCGGCGCGGCGCGGCGGUGCGCCACUCGGGACGCGCGCUCGACGCGGGAACGCGCAAUCAUAAUCCAAUUAUUAGUGGAGUUUGCUAGCAUUAGCCUCGCGUAUCGCAUUCAGCCGCCGACGGCCGACAUGCGCGGGAGUACAGCGGGCCUGGCCGACACGCUGGCGGGGGGCGGGCGCGCGCGCGCCGCCGCGCUGCAGCUGGCCGACGUGCUGUUUGCCAGCCUGGUGGUGGCGCCGGCCGUGGUGGCCUACUGGAAGAGCACGUGGACGCUGAUGGACCUGUACGUGCUGCCGGAGCACGCGGUGUGGAGCGCGGGCGCGUGCGCGGCGGCGGGGCUGGCGGUGGAGGUGGCCACGUGCGCGGCGCAGGGCUGGCUGGCGCGGCGGCUGCGGCCGGAGCUGGGCGCGUGGUACUACGUGCUGUCGCGGGUGUACACGCUGGCGGCGGGCGCGGCGUGCGUGGGCGCGUGGCGCGGCGUGUGGAACCUGCUGAACGAGUGCACGGGGUCGAGCGCGCGCACGCUGUGGUCCACGACGUGCGCGGCGGCGCUGUCCCUGGCGGCGCUGCGCGCGCUGCGCAACAUCUGCGCCGCGCCCUUCGCCGUCGCCAUCGACUCGCCGCAGGACUACUUCGACGUGCCCACCAUGUUCAGAACGAGCAGCCGUGACCUGGCUCAAUACGCGCUGGACUGCAUCUUCUCGGUGGCGGUGGUGGGGUCGCUGGUGGUGUUCGUGUGGCGCGGCUCCUGGGCGCUGCUCGACAUCUACCUGUUCCCGGACGACCUCGCCAAGUCCUACUGGACCUCGCUCAUCGGCGGCUACGUGCUAGUAGCAAUCACCUUCCUACUCCAAGCUCCGCUGCGCUGGGCGGCGGCGCGGCUGCACGGGGCGGCGCGGCUGCUGCUGGCGGACCUCUACCACCUGCUGUCCUUCCUCGCCACCGUCAACGUGUGGCGCAGCGUGUGGGGGCUGCUCGACCUCUAUCUGUAUCCUGAGACCCCGCGGCUGAGCAACUGGCUGACGCACAUCGGCAGCAUGGGCCUGCUGAUGGCGUUGAACUGCUCCAACUCGACCCUCGUGCGGGGAGUCUACAUCGACGCGGAGGAGCCGGCGGGCGAGUGCGUGGUGUUCCCGUGCCACUACCUGCGCCUGUUCUUCCACAAGGAGCGCACCAAGAGACGACACAAGCGAGCCCUCGCCGCCGCCGCCGCCGCCGCCGCAAAACAACCCGAAGACGCCUCGCUCACCCCACUACAACUGCCCGUCAUAGAGGAAAAAGUAUAACAUAAAAUCUUGGCUGUGUUGUGAGCAUUCCAUUUUGUACGUUCAAUGUUUUGCCGAUAUGAUAGCUACCAGUGACGCCGGCAGGAGUCAGACUUUAGUGAUAAGUUCGCUGUGAAGAAUACAAUUUUGAAUGUAGAUAUUUAAGUAAAUGGAUAGUGUGCCUUUAUUGAUGAUACGAGUAAUGUAUGUGUAUGCGUAAGCAUAAGUGAUUUGUGCAAAUACCUACCGUGAUAGAACUGGAAUGUAUAUUUUUGGAACUUAUGAUUUUCAUACCGAUUUGAAUUCGUUCGUAUAACAGUCAUUCGCCUUGUGUCUUUAUUAGAAAUAUUGCUGUAAUAAACUGGUGAUCUACUCGUAUACGCAUAAGUAAGCGAACGAACGCUUUACAUUGUUUUGAACAAACGCACUUGCUUGUAUAUAGGUACGAGUGUAUGAUCAAAAAUUGACUUGUGAAGUAAUUUUUAAUAUUUAUUCAGUAUUCAGAAAUGUAUCUACCUAUACAUGAUGAUCUGAUUAUUUUACUUCCUUACUGUAUCUGUAUGUAGAUACGACGACUCAUUUAUUUUGAUUUAAGUUUUUACUUACAGUUUUGAUUGUCAAUUGUUAGGUCCCAAAAGGUUUUCUACAUUUCAACACCCAAAUGUUCAUUUUUAACCUCUGUUAAUAUAAUAUGAAUAAUACUGCGGUAUGUAUAAAUAACAGUGGGUAUUAAAUUACCCAAACCCCCGAAACUACAUAGGAACUAAGAAAACAGUAUUAAAAAGAAACUAAAAUGAGACCACUUAUUUUUAAAUAUUAAGGAUAAGUAUACCAAUAAAAGUAGUAGUUUUAAGAAAAGAUUUAUAAAUAUAUAUAUCUGUAAGUAUAGCAUAAAAGAAGGUACGAUGAAGUUUUUAAAACUCAAUUUGAUAAAGCUAGAACGACGAAAAAGGGUUAAUUCCCGUCCAAAAAAUUUAAAUACCAUACUGACUGCAGAUCUAUGAUUCAUUGAUCCUAUGUAAAACCGUUAUUUAAAAAACUAAACACCUUAUAAUGUAUUUAAGUACAUUCCUGAUAGAUCCUUGAUGAUCCCUUUUGAUGUAUAUGAGAUGUUAAUGUUAUUCAAUAACUAGUCAUUUUGAGUAAAAACGAAAACUGUUAAAGUACCUUUUAAAUGUAUUUUAUAUAAAUUCUACUAUUGUAGAUACUGUUGUAAGCUGUUGUGAGAUUACCGUUGAAUAAAUUUACUUUAUUU